AUGGCAGAAUUAACUGAAGAUGAGUUAAAAUCAGCUGCCAUUCAAGUCUUGUCUGCCGCCACAGAAGCUUUGAAAGGUGGUACUAUACAAAAAAAUACGAGUUUUUCGAGAAAUUGUCCGAAAAUUUUUUUCCUCGUUUUCACAUCUUUAAUGAUUUAUUUUUCAUUCAGCAUAAUUUUUUUGUCAGCAUUAAAUUGGUAUAGAGAAAAAAAACUGUAAUUUCCUAAACACUGUUGCUUGGUUGUCAUGGUAACAGGUUUGUUUACGCGUCGUUUUGACCGAGGAUCAUCUAUUGGAAGACUGGUACCCAACAGUGUCGAUUUCACGAGCAUGGAGUAAACAAUCGGCCAUUUUGCUAUCGUGAAGUUGUAGAUCGUCCCAAUUGAACACUAGUUUGACCUACAAAAUGCCGAAAUUUUGGUCUUUAAGACGCAAGAAGAGAAAAUUUUAUGGAAAUCAGUUUACCAUUAGGCAAGGAGUGAAUGAAGAAGAGUUAGUGCCGGUGGAAAGCACUUCAAGUGGAUCGGCAGUGAGUUCUUUGCAAGGUCAAGAGGAAGGGAAGGAAUACUCAGCGUCGUAUCAAAAGCUCGUGACAAAUGCCGAGGACAAGAAGCCUGAACCAAAGGUACACAAUAAAUAUUCAAAGGAAGAUAGUCCCACUAUCACUGGAUUUAGAUUUUUUGAUAUGGAGGUCCUGUCAUCUGUUUUUGAGCAGCUACGGUGUGGCGAUUGUGGCAGUUUCGACUUUGCGCUUAUUGUGUGAACACUUUGGCUGGAAAUUUUCUUUAUGUACUUCAAGAAAGCAAGGAAAGAGCUAUGAAGUAAAUCGACUUCUUGUGUAUGGCAUGAGAACUAUUGGCAAAGGCUAUGCUGGAGCAAGAAAAUUCUGUGCCAUAAUGAACAUGCCUUCACCACCAACUGAGAAAGCUUUCAUUUUCAACUCACAAGUCAUCGGCCGACACGUCAAAAUAAUACAGAAGGGAGUAUGA